AAUGCAAUGGCGGACAGAAUGAAGUUGAAUGACGAAAACGGUGUGUGCGAUAAACAAAGGGGAAAUGUUGCCAUAACGUCUUCUUGCAAGGAAAUAUCAAGCUACAGAGACAGUAUGUUAAUUCUUUUGAAUCUGCUCACAGACUUCGGGAGUGAGCUGAAAUUGGGUGAAGCUGCACUGAAAAUCAGCGCCAGCUUAGAAGCAGUGGAUGUGUCAUCUCUUCAACCUACUCGUCAUGUGUUCACCUGUCUUCAGCAACACAUCUCCAAACUACAGUCAGUUUCAGACAACCUGAGGGUCCUGGUGGAGGCAGAAGACCAGUCCUCGUCUUCAAAGAGCAACAAGGAUGAAACCACUAGCACACUCUCUUCUGAUGAGAUGACCAUAGACUCGCCACCCAUUCUACCUGCAGCUCAGCCAACCCGGCCAGCGGUAGAGGAGGAGGGCAAGUUGCAGGUUGAUGACCUCAGCAUUCAGAUCAGAGCCAACAAAUCCGAGAUUGAUAGGAGGAUAUCUGCAUUUAUAGAGCGAAAGCAGCUGGAGAUCAAUGAAAACAACGUGAGGGAGUUCUGCAACGUGAUCGACUGCAAUCAGGAAGACAGCUGUGCCAGAACAGAUGCAGUAUUCACACCCUACCCAGGCUUCAAAAGUCAUGUUAAAGUGACUCGUGUGGUGAACACCUACGGGCCUCAGACUCGUAGAGGGGGAGGGUUAGGAGGAGGUGCCUUGGGGGAGGCUGAGGAGCAGCAGAGGGCCAUGGUGUCUAGAGACUGUGGGAAUCCAGCCAUAGAGGAACGCCUGCACAACAUCGAGACACACCUAAAGCUCCCAACAGAGGGUCCAGUGCCUUUAAGUGUGUACCAGAGGCUGAAGAAGCUUGAAGAUCGGAUCCUGGAGUUGGAGGGACUUUCCCCGGAGUACUUCCAGUCUAGUUACCUACACAAGCGACCAAAGACAUCAAUGUCUCAGGUCUGCAGUCUGUCGGAGCUGGAUGUGAAGAUCAGUGCUGUCAAAGCAGCCUUGCUGAAGAGGAUGGGGGAAUUUGGGCCGGUAGAGUACGACACAGAGUGUCCACUCUGACCCCCAACCUUUUUGACCUAUGACCUUGACACGUACCCACCAUUAUGGGCAACAGACUAGAGGAAGAGAUGAGAGACUUUAACCUCGAGGUGUAGAUAUCCACCCUUACACCCGGCUGAACGCUGUGUGUAACAUACAGCCAUAUUGGUCAGGGAGAAAUCCAAAACCAGUCUAAUCGGAAUGAGUGGCAGUAGAGGCGCAAUACGGAUUUUUACUUAUUCAGGGAAAAUAAAACUAAUCCAUGUGAUAUCAGAAAUUGUUUAAUACAAUUAUCAACUGAAAAUAUUGUCAUACUGUAUAAAUACAGUUUUAUACCAAUUGAAGGAUACCAUGAAUGUCUAAAUUGAUGUUUUCUUGGAAAGCUGCGAGUGCUAUUAUAUGAUACAAUGUCAGUACUUGUUGCAUUUACAACUUGUCUAAGUCCUAUCAUCAGCUGAUUUCAACCAGUGUGUGGCUGUGGAUUGACUGCAUUGUCUAAUGGAAUGUUGGGAUAUUGGCCGUUUUUAAUUAAUUAGAAAAUGAAUGAAAUCAUUCCCCUUAACUGUCUGGCUAGCUAGCUGACCAACAUCGCAAAUAAAUUAUUUGAAUUAAUAUUUUAUGAAUCACAGUACUGACUAACCGUGGUUGACCAACUCCCUGACCAAGAUGGCUGACCUUUAUCCCAUCAUAGCAUGAUGUGGCUCUGCGGCUCCAGUGUUUUUCGGGAUCUAUAGUCUGCCCCACUCAAAGAUCCGGAGCUUCCUGAAGCUUCUGCGCAUGUAUAUAUUCUCUACUUUACGCACAGAGAACAGGCUACUCGGGUGAAUGGUGCUCGUUUAAUAAAGUUGGAUCAAAGCUGAAACCGUGUCGGCAAGAUCGCAUAAUGAUAAUAUUCGACAUAGAGUUUUAUAUAAUAGCGUAGUAUAACAUUACUGUAAGACAAAAAUGGGGAUAUGCAUUUAGAUCUUGAGUUAUACAGUGUGUUUUUUUCAAAGUAGUCUAGUGUUGUUUUGAAUGAUGUACAGUGAAUUCAUUUUAGAGCAGAUGGAGUAAACAAACUAGCAUAGCCUACCUGUGUAUUUUGCCCAGUGGCGCAUGCUGUUGUGUUUUGGCCACAUGAGAGAGAGCGGCGUUGUUGUUUUUUUGAAACGUUACAAGCUGCUAUUAUGUGAUUUUUCUGUUAUGGAGAAUACUAUGCUCAUUGUGAUGUUGCAGACAUUGCUUCAGACAUUGAUCUAACUUGAUUCAGCGUUGAUUCUUCCUCCUUUUUGCUGUUGUGUUGCUAAGUUUUAACGUUGAUGUUUUUGUAAAUAAAUUCUCUUUCAUUUGGCGAA